GCCAGGGGGCGCCUCGGCCCCUCCCCGCCGGGCGCCGCUCCGCCCCGCCUCCCGGAAGCGCGGGCCGCCGGCGCUCCGCCCGCUGCCGCCGCUCUAUGGUGCCGGGGCGCGGCCGCUCUGGGCGGGGGAGGGUUUGAUCUCGCUGCUCGCGAGUCCGCCCAGCCCCUCCGCUUCCGGUUCCGCCACCGCCCCCGCAGCGGUGUUUUAAGGAACUGGAACCAUGACGGACUCCAAAUAUUUCACGACCAAUAAAAAAGGAGAGAUUUUUGAACUGAAGGCUGAGCUCAACAAUGAAAAGAAAGAGAAGAGGAAAGAAGCUGUAAAGAAGGUUAUUGCAGCCAUGACUGUGGGGAAAGAUGUCAGCUCUCUGUUCCCUGAUGUUGUCAACUGCAUGCAGACUGACAACCUGGAGCUGAAGAAGCUGGUCUACCUGUACCUGAUGAACUAUGCCAAAAGCCAGCCAGACAUGGCCAUCAUGGCUGUCAACAGCUUUGUGAAGGACUGCGAGGACCCCAACCCCCUGAUCCGCGCCCUGGCCGUGCGCACCAUGGGCUGCAUCCGCGUGGACAAGAUCACCGAGUACCUGUGCGAGCCCCUGCGCAAGUGCCUCAAGGACGAGGACCCCUACGUGAGGAAAACCGCAGCAGUCUGCGUGGCCAAGCUGCACGACAUCAAUGCCCAGAUGGUGGAGGACCAAGGAUUCCUGGAUUCCCUGCGUGACCUGAUUGCAGACUCCAACCCCAUGGUGGUAGCGAACGCCGUGGCCGCCCUGUCAGAGAUCAGUGAGUCCCACCCCAACAGCAACCUGCUGGAUCUGAACCCUCAGAACAUCAACAAGCUGCUCACAGCUCUAAACGAGUGCACAGAGUGGGGGCAGAUCUUCAUCCUGGACUGUCUGUCCAACUACAACCCCAAGGAUGACCGGGAAGCUCAGAGCAUCUGUGAGCGAGUCACCCCCCGGCUGUCUCACGCCAACUCAGCAGUGGUGCUGUCAGCUGUGAAGGUCCUGAUGAAGUUCCUGGAGCUCCUUCCCAAGGAUUCUGACUAUUACAACAUGCUGCUGAAGAAACUUGCCCCUCCUCUGGUGACCCUGCUGUCUGGAGAGCCUGAAGUUCAGUAUGUUGCCCUGAGGAACAUCAACUUGAUUGUGCAGAAGAGGCCUGAAAUCCUGAAGCAGGAGAUCAAAGUGUUCUUUGUGAAGUACAACGACCCCAUCUAUGUGAAACUGGAGAAACUGGACAUCAUGAUCCGCCUGGCCUCCCAAGCAAACAUUGCCCAGGUCCUGGCAGAGCUGAAGGAAUACGCCACCGAGGUGGACGUCGACUUCGUGCGCAAGGCCGUGCGCGCCAUCGGCCGCUGUGCCAUCAAGGUGGAGCAAUCUGCAGAGCGCUGUGUGAGCACCCUGCUGGACCUCAUCCAGACCAAGGUGAACUACGUGGUGCAGGAGGCCAUCGUGGUCAUCAGGGACAUCUUCCGCAAGUACCCCAACAAGUAUGAGAGCAUCAUUGCCACUCUGUGUGAGAACCUGGAUUCCCUGGAUGAGCCAGAUGCCAGAGCUGCCAUGAUCUGGAUAGUGGGUGAAUAUGCUGAAAGAAUUGACAAUGCAGAUGAGCUGCUGGAGAGUUUCCUGGAGGGUUUCCAUGAUGAAAGUACUCAGGUGCAGCUCACCCUUCUGACUGCAAUAGUGAAGCUGUUCUUGAAAAAGCCUUCUGAGACACAGGAGCUGGUGCAGCAGGUUCUCAGCCUGGCCACACAGGAUUCUGACAACCCAGACCUGCGGGAUCGUGGCUACAUCUACUGGCGCCUUCUUUCCACGGAUCCAGUGACUGCCAAGGAAGUGGUGCUCUCAGAAAAGCCACUGAUCUCUGAGGAGACUGAUCUGAUUGAGCCAACCCUGCUGGAUGAGCUGAUCUGCCACAUUGGGUCUCUGGCUUCUGUGUACCACAAACCACCCAACGCUUUCGUGGAGGGGAGCCACGGCAUCCACCGCAAGCACCUGCCCAUCCACCAUGGCAGCACUGAUGCUGGUGACAGCCCUGUGGGCACCACGACCACCACAAACCUGGAGCAGCCACAGGUCAUCCCAUCCCAGGGUGACCUCCUGGGGGACCUCCUCAACCUGGACCUGGGGCCCCCUGUGAAUGUGCCCCAAGUAUCCUCCAUGCAGAUGGGUGCUGUGGACCUCCUGGGAGGAGGGCUGGACAGCUUGCUUGGCAGUGACCUUGGCGGGGGCAUUGGAGGAAGCCCGGCAGUGGGACAGACCUACAUUCCCUCCUCUGUGCCAGCCACCUUUGCCCCUUCUCCCACCCCAGCAGUGGUCAGCAGUGGACUCAACGAUCUCUUUGAGCUCUCCUCUGGCAUUGGGAUGGCUCCUGGAGGAUAUGUGGCUCCCAAGUCUGUUUGGCUGCCUGCAGUGAAGGCUAAAGGAUUGGAGAUCUCAGGCACAUUCAGCCACAGGCAGGGACACAUCUACAUGGAGAUGAACUUUACCAAUAAGGCUUUGCAGCACAUGACUGACUUUGCCAUUCAGUUCAAUAAGAACAGUUUUGGGGUCAUCCCAAGCACCCCCCUGGCCAUUCACACACCUCUGAUGCCAAACCAAAGUAUUGAUGUCUCCCUGCCCCUCAACACUCUGGGACCAGUCAUGAAAAUGGAGCCUCUGAACAACCUCCAGGUGGCUGUGAAAAACAACAUUGAUGUGUUUUACUUCAGCUGCCUAAUCCCUCUCAACGUGCUUUUUGUGGAGGAUGGCAAAAUGGAACGCCAGGUUUUCCUUGCAACAUGGAAGGAUAUUCCAAAUGAGAAUGAGCUUCAGUUCCAGAUUAAAGACUGUCACCUGAAUGCUGACACUGUCUCCAGCAAACUGCAGAACAACAAUGUCUACACCAUAGCCAAGAGGAACGUGGAGGGGCAGGACAUGCUCUACCAGUCCCUGAAACUCACCAACGGCAUCUGGAUCCUGGCAGAGCUGCGCAUCCAGCCCGGGAACCCCAACUACACACUCUCCCUGAAAUGCCGAGCUCCAGAAGUGUCCCAGUACAUCUACCAGGCCUACGAUGCCAUCUUGAAAAACUAACAGGAGAUGGAGCCUGUGCCUCGCCCUGCAGAAGGAGGGGGGGAAAAGGGGUCCCCAGAGCCUCCUUCACCACCAGCGUGGGGGAAAAGCACUCCUAACUGGAAGCAGCUGUAUUCAUGUGUAGGAUUUCAGUCAAAGGCACUGAUUAAACAAGGUAGCAAUUAGUAUCCACGUGCUAACGAUGAUAGGGAACAAACCCCUUUGGUAAUUUUAGCGUCCAUGGAGUUUGUAACCACUGCUUCAGACUACUCCCAUGUCCCCCUCACCCCUCACUCAUCUGUUCUCGUGGGCUUUUCUCCAUUUUGUGCCAAUGUUCAGUGUUUUCUAAAUGGCUUUAGGUGUAGUUUGGAUUUUGUAAAAUAACUGCUCAUUGGAAAAACAAAAAAACACCGAGCAAAAACCACACAUCUGCUCAUUAAAACAAGGCAAAAUGUUGAAAACAUAACACUGCACUUCAUUUUAUAUUUUUAUACUUUUUUUUUUGAGUUUUUCUAUUGUAAUUGGCUUAACAGGAAGGUGAUUUCAAGGAAGUCUUGGGAGCCCUGCAGGGACAUUGGGCUCUAGCAGGGUGAGCACAGCCUCGGGGAAUUAGGAACAGAGCCAUCAGUUUGGUCCAGGGGGGAUGGAGCCCUAAAGAGGGGAGUUUAUUACUCUUGUGCUGUGUUUUCACUCCAGCCAUCUCCCUGCCUCAUGAGCUGGUGAUUUGAGGAGUGAGGCUGCUUUUGGGUGGGGAGGAGCUGAAGGCUGGAUGGGUAACAGGGCAGCAGUGGAUGAAAUGAAGGAACUGAGCCUGUCCUUAGAGCAAAAGGCUCCUGGUGUGGUCUCUGCAUCCCCACCCAUGUGCAGCCCCUCUUCCUCCCCUUCUUUCUGUGCCUGCUGAGGCUGAGCUGCCUUCUCAGCCCUCCCUGAGCUGUGCCCCCCUGCCCAGAGCCGGCCCUGGCAAUCCCCAGGCUCGUGGUGGCACAUCCAGAUGUGGCAAUGCCACUUCCCCAGCGGGGCUGCAGGUGUCAGCCAGGCCCCUGCAGACAGGGGCUGCUGCUGGCAGUGCCCCAGGAUGCCAGGGGAGCAGAGUGGCUCUGCCUGCUGCCAUGCUGCCCCCAAAACCCAGGCUGGGGCAUGUGGGAGAUGGUUUGGGCUUGGCAGUUUGCCCCCUCCCUGCCUGGGGCAUCCAGCUUCCAGCUGGGCUGAGUGGAGCAGGUCAUGGAAGCAUUUCUCCUGUUGGCAGCUCCACUCUCUGUGCCCAGAGACACACAGUGACCAGAGCCAGCCAGGUUCCUGCUCUGAGUCCCUGUCCCAAGCAGCCCCAUGCCCUGGCCCCUCUUUUCCUCCCUGUCCCUUAGAGCCAGGAUUGUUUCCCUUCCAGACCACAGCUGUGGACUCAUCCCACUGCAACCACUCAGUGCUGCAGCAACAGCAGUGAAAGCAACGCUUUUUGCAUGUCCCUGCUCCAUCCAUAGCUUGUCCUGCUUAACCCAAGCCCCAGUCCAGAGCAGCCUCACCCUCCCCAGCAUGCUUGGACAUCUCCUCCCCAGCUAACAAAGCUCCUGCGUGUAGCAACCCCCCCUGUUGUCCUUUUAGAUGCCACUUUCCAAGUCAAUAAAUGUUUCACGGUGGGAGAUCGUUCAUCAGGGCUUUGGCACUGCCUGCAGCCAAGAACCCAGUGCUGGGAAAAGGUCACAGUGUUCCUGGGAGAGGCUCCAGCAGGGCCCAGGAGCUGCACCACCCUGUGUAGGUGGUGUCCCUGUGUAGGAGCCCCUGUGCUCCAGCUGGGGGGAGAAAGUGGGGCAGAGCUGGAGCAGCCCAGCCCUUGAGCCCUGCCCACGUGUGCUGGGAGGGAUUUGCUCCAAGCCCUGCGGGUGUAGUGUAAAAACCAUUAACAGAGCAAUUAAGGAAGCACCGAGUGCGAUGCUGUGUGGGGCAGGGAGGAGGGAGGGGUUGCUGAGCACCCCCUUCUCUUGCCAAAUUCCUUCCUGGUUUUUGGGGUGGGGCAGAGCUGGGGCUCGUUGUUGGUGUUCCCUCUGCCCCUGCUCGUUGGAGUGCUCAGUUGGUGUCGCUCUUCAGGCUUUACCUGCCCUCCCCUCCGUGUCAAUAAACUCAUUUCCACCAG